GUAAGGAGCCCUGCAGUAACAAGCUAAUGCUAGAGGAGUCUCUGAAGGAGAGUUGAAAAGGCAGAAACUGAAGCCUUCCUUCAAGGUGAUCUUUCUUACUGGUCUGUAAUGGCUUGUUGCAGUGAGCAAUGAAAAAUUUCGAAGCACAUGGACUCCAAGAGCCCAAGGGACCCUUUGCCUCCCUUCCUUCUUACAAUAACAAAAUGAAAUGGUGCGCCUAAGGUGAUAAUUGCCGAUCACAACCUUAUCAGGAACCCGCCCCCCUCGUCCACUAACUAAUGUCCUGAUGGAUGGCUGACAGAGGUGACACCAUGUAGAAAGUCCUGAAAGGGAGUUCUAACGGAGUUGCAAUGGUUUUAUACACUUCCCCAUUUCCCAACGGCUUUCUAUCAGCACUGCAUUCUUUCUCCUGGGGCUUAAUCUUCCCAUGCUAUUGGCUCGGAGACCGGCUUGUGGCCUCGUUUGUGCCUACCACGUAUGAGAAGCGCCAAAGGGCAGAUGACCCAUGUUACUUUCACGCUCUCUGUAUCUUCAUCACCACUCCCAUCUACCUAGCACUGCUUGUGGUCUCCCUCCCAUUUGCCAUAAUCGGUUUCCUGCUAUGGUCUCCGCUCCAGUCUGCCCGACGACCAUAUGUUUAUUCCAGGCUACAUGACAAAGGCCAAGUCAAUGGUAGUACGUUGCUCACUGAGUGGAAAGCUGCCAGCAAUGGGAAAAGCUUUUGCUUUGGCAGUGCCAACGUUUGCCUUCUCCCAGACUCCUUGGCGAGAUUCAACAAUGUGUUCAAUACGCAAUCACGAGCUAAGGAAGUUGGGCGAAGGAUCCGGAAUGGGGCAAGCAGGCCUCAGAUCAAGAUCUACAUCGAUUCCCCCACCAACACGUCCAUCAGUGCAGCCAGCUUCAGCAGUCUGGUCUCCCCUCAAAGUGGUGAUAGCAAUAACCGAGCCGUCAGUGCAGGCAUCAAAAGAACAACAUCCAUGGAGUACAAAGGAGAUAACUCGGGUUCAAACAACAGUGAUGAGAGCAAAGAUGCCAAAGUUGGAGGGGAAACCAAUGAGGGAGAAGAUGGGAACACUUGUAUUGUGCGGAUAGGUGGAGAGGAUAACGGCCACAUUUCAGACCCAGAAGCUGAUGGCACAGGGGGGCAGAUGAACAGCAAAGGGCCAGCAGACCGUUCACCAGAAUCUGAAGCUGAGAGCCUAAAAGGACAGACCCCAAAUCAUAAGCAGAAAGAAGGGGAUUCUGGGAGUCUGGAUAGCUACACUGCCUCACGAGAAUCCCUAGUAAAGGCACGGGCUGGAGAUGGCACAGUAGACCAAAGCACCGUCAACAGCAAGCUCCUUUACAAGGCCUCACUCAUGAAGAAGACCUCCGUGCGAAAGAAGAAGAACACAGACGAGGCCUUUGACCAUGAGAUCUCCGCUUUCUUCCCUGCCAACUUGGACUUCCUGUGCUUGCAGGAAGUGUUUGACAAAAGAGCAGCAGAGAAGUUGAAAGAACAGCUUCACCAUUAUUUUGAAUAUGUUCUCUAUGAUGUUGGGGUAUACAGCUGCCAUGGCUGCUGUACCUUUAAGUUUGUGAACAGUGGCCUGCUUUUUGCCAGUCGCUAUCCAGUCAUGGAUGCUGCCUAUCACUGUUAUCCCAACGGAAAAGGAACAGACUCCUUGGCUUCAAAAGGGGCCCUGUUUCUCAAGGUGCAAGUGGGAAGUACACCUCAGGACCAAAGAAUUGUGGGAUACAUUUCCUGCACUCACUUGCAAGCUCUGGCAGGAGACACUACUGUUCGGUGUGAACAACUGGAUCUGCUUCAGGAUUGGCUGUCUGAUUUCAGAAAAUCUACCUCCUCCUCCAGCACAGCCAAUCCAGAGGAGCUGGUGGCAUUUGAUGUACUCUGCGGGGAUCUGAACUUUGACAAUUGCUCGUCAGAUGACAAGCUUGAGCAGCAGCACUCCUUGUUUACACGCUACAAGGACCCAUGCCGCCUUGGUCCUGGGGAGGACAAAUCAUGGGCAAUCGGAACUUUGUUAGAUCCAGAAGAAUUGUAUGAUGAAGAAGUCUGCACCCCAGAUAACUUACAGAAGACAAUGGAAAGUGAAGACGGGCGCAAAAGGUACCUCGUCUUCCCCACCAGCAAGACCCAUGGCUCGAGUCAGAAGGGGAGGAAAGCAGCGCUGAAAGGCAAUGGGAGGCGGAUUGACUAUAUGCUGUACACAGAAGAAGGACUGUACCUGGAGUGGAAAGUGGAAGUGGAAGAGUUCAGCUUUAUUACCCAGUUAGCAGGCCUGACAGAUCACCUGCCUGUCGCCAUGCGCCUGAUGGUCUCCACGGGAGAGGAGGAUCCUUAAAGAAGGACCAUUUCUGAGAAUUUAGAAGAGGGAACUUCCAAACUUGUGAUGUGACCAAGAUGCAGGUCAAAGAAUGACGUUUUCUGGCGCUCCCCCCUUCCCCACAAGACGGACCAGGCCUGACUCAGGCUCUCCUGCAGCCAUUGCUCCACCUGCUUUUGACAUUCCUCACCAUUCGCAACCAAGGCAGGAGGAUGUUAAAAAGGGAAGGCAAGAGUGGAUGGGAGGGGGUGUUUGGGAGGUGAGGGGGCCAAGCCACAGACAAGCAUCGCAAGUUGCCCAGGCCACCGGGCAGGCCUGUAUUUCUAUAACUUUCACUGUGGACUGAAAGGAACCAAGCUAGAAGUCCCAAUUCCUUCUGAACCAGUGCCAUUCUUACUAACUUCUUCUUUUUUUAUAUACUUAUAUAUAGCACAAAUUUAGUUUGUAAUCCGUCUCUGUGUUAGUGCGGCUCCGAAAGUGAGUCUUUUUUUGGCAUCAUUUCUUUAUAUAUUCUUAACGAGCUAAA